AGAUUUUCUUCUUAUCGAGGUGAUCUCAGCAAACUUGGAUGUCAAUCAGACUGUUAGUACGGCCGUAUCGGUUAGUAAAUUAAAACACCAACACAGACGGUCUCGGCGUUCUGUAGAGGAAGAAAACAACGCCGGUUUUGAUUUUGAUGUCGUCCAUAUUUCGGGAGACACUGGACGCUUUAAGGUAAUAACUUUAAAAUGUUAUAAUGAUCAUUUGCAUUUCGAUAUUUAGCCCUUUUUAGGGUUGUUAUUCCUAUAAAUUUCUUCUUUUUUGUGGGUAAAUUGGUUUUCCCAAGCGCGUUCGAAGAAUGUCAUCCAGGUCUAGAUAGGUUGUAAAGCUUACAUGGUCGUCGUUAAAAAUAAGAUUUUCUUUGUCGAACUUCGUUGAAAAGAAACAAAACAUUACAAUUGUGAGUUCAUUUCCAGGUUAUUUUUGGUAUUUAAGGGCCUGUUUACAUGGAGUAGGGGACCCCGGUCUGGUGGGGUAGGUUUCUUUUGUUUUGUGUCCCCCAGAGCGUGAAAACAAAAAGAAACAAACCCCACUAGACCGGGGUCCCCCACUCCAUGUAAACAGGCCCUAAAUAUCAUAACAAGUUUUAGGUCAUGCGUGCGCUGUAUGGAUGCACGCUCAAUACACUUCUUAAAGAAUUGUAUAAAUGUGUUUCUUAGAAUAUUUAUGGCUUACAGUUUGUCCUUUCAAGCAAGUUGUUAGUAAUAUUAGAAGGAGCUCCGCUUUAAGGCUUGGCUUAUUCCACAUAUGUAGACGGUUUUUCCAGCUACCUUCAAAGACGUAUUCCUUCUCGUAACAACAGCUAUAUCAAUGAAUACAGCUCGAUUGGAUUUGCAGUACAUUUCACUUUUCAUUUCACGUUCAGUGUUAGUAUAAGCAGCACUGAAGAGCUCCUCCUCAAAGCUUCGCCAAAUAUUUACAUUAUUCGGAUAAUUUUAACCACUGCUUUUACAGACUAUUUUCUUCCAAGGUAACUAGAAUUUUCCAGAGAAUUCUAAUUGUUUCAAUUUCACGGGACAUUAUAUCAGCGUCGUUAUUAUUAUCCCUUAUUCGACCACUAUAACUGGUAUGUGCAGUAACACUUAUUGGUAAUUCGUCUUUUAACAGAUGAUAUCAAAGGCAGGCUCCACAGUCAAAGGUCAGAUUUUCGCGUCCCUGAAAGAGACAGUUUCUAUUGGUAUCGAGAAAAAGUUCUUUUCUUGGAAAAUAAAGGACGCUUAUGUCGGUCUUGACGUAACAGGUAGCAUAAAUGCCAAGGUAGAAGUCAACGUGCUUGCUGGACUGAGGUUGGUCUAAUUAAUGUCUGUUAUUAUUCAUUCAAAAUAUUUCCUCAAUUCUGAUUGGCUAAAAGCACACGCAUAAUUCACCAUAACCAGUUACUGAUGACCAAAUUUGGAAGAAUUUUGUGCUUAACGAGGAAAUGACGUCAAAAAUGCAGCCUUCUACAGGUUAAUGCACCAUUAACCGAGAAGACCAGGGGACGAGAUUGAGUUGUUUUCGUUGUAAAAACUAAAAUGGCGGACACUUCACUCGUUUCGAGAGUAAGAACUACAGCUGGAACUAGGCGAAAUAAUGGCUAAAAACAUAGCCAAAACAACAAAAAGACAACUCGGAGGGCGACAUCUGCUAUUUGGAGAAUAUUUGCAGAGCUGGACAAACCUAAACGUAAACUAUCGAAGAUAAACUUAACAUCGAUGCAGGUAAGCUUGUUUUAGCUAUGUUUUUAAACUAGGAAUUAUUUUGAAUGGAUAAUAAAACAAUUAUUGAAUUCGGCUUUCGUAUCAUAUGAAGAAUUAUAGAGAUCUCGGAGGGUGUCAUCCGCCUCUGACUACGGCCUCAACGGAUAACACCCUCCUCGAUCUCCAUAAUUCUUCAUAAGAUACUCAGCCUCAUUCAUUAAUUGCUAAAUAUAUAAAAUACGACCAGCAAGGAAAACAAUUCGGAUCAUUGUACGUUUCUUGGAAACUGCCCACCUACCCCUCCCCUCAGGCAACAUUUUGCCUUAAGUGAGAAGUAAGUGUUAAUGUUGGCUUAAGGGAGGGGUAAGUAGGCAGUUUCCCAGAAAAGUAGGAUGAUCCGAAUUUCUUUUCUUGUUGGUCUUAUUUCAUAUAUCAGAUAUUUUCUACGAAUUCAAGAAAAUGUUGCUGUUUUAGAGAAAAUUUAGGACCGUAACCAUCAUGGCUGUGAUUUUGAAUGACAUCACAAGCCUAGCCUCCGUUUCCGCUAUUCUUUCUUGUAAUGUACAGCUUGCAAUGUAAAAAAAUGCGAUAAACAGCAUGUCACGAACUUGGGACAGCGAAAAAGUACCCGCCAGAAUUCGGGGGUGGUCCUAUAUUCACUGCGCUGCGGCCUCGUGGUGAGCACCGUACUCUUUAGCGUUUCUCCGUAGCUCAGCUGCUAGAAAUUAAAUUAAAUCGUCCGUUCGUCCGUCUGCCCCUAUAUGUUAGCGGAUGUGAAAUGUCACACUUACAGCUUGGUGUCCAAGGCAUACACAAUCUGUGUUUUAACUUGAUAGUGGACAACUAUGUGUUAUGGUCAUUUGACAGCUGUCUGAAGUAAUACGAGACGAAAGCGUCACUUCCGGCAUACUACACUGCCAAAAAGGAAUACCGCUGACCAGUGCCCACAUGACUGAAUCGCGCACUCCAGUGUACAACUCAUUGAGUUGGCGUGUUUUUUAAAGUUAUCCGCUGACCAGUUGUUGGUUUUAAUUGAUGGCAGGCUCAAGUUCAGUUUCUUUUCAGGACCGGAAUUCCUUCUUACGACAAAAGUUAAACUACUUUAAAAGACCUUUCUUUAAAGAUUCCAUGAGAGCUUCGGUUUUGGCUUUGGCUAAAUCUGUAAAUAAAAGAAAAGAAAGGAAGCUAGCGAUUAUUUUCACAUUAUCAUGUCAAUCUGCAUGGUCUAGUCAGAGAAAAUUGGGAGUGGCGUCUGUUUCGUUUUUGUGCAGAAUUCUUGUCAAGCCUUCUUCUGUUCCAUAGCUACCAAGGAGAGGUAAUUCCACUGAAACGCAAGCAGCUUGGUAGAACGCUGUACAUUCGGGUGGCUCGCAUACCGCUUCCCAUUGGAAUAUUUGCAGAGUUAACAGGAAGGGCUAAUAUCGAUGUCGGGGUGAGUAAAUGCGUCAACUUGUUUGAUUCCCACGCUAUAAUUAAUUAAACAGAGCUUAAAUGCGCCAACUGUAAAACUUGCUUGUUUUCCGGAUUAUAUCUGUAGAAUUUUGAUGGUCUGUACCCUCUUCGUGGUAAAUAGGUAACGUAACAAAUCACAGGUCCAUAUUACCGUAGCGAAACCCGGUUACCAUCUGCAAGAAUGAUACCCCUCCUUGAAAAUAAUAUUCACUGCAAGGUUAAUCCUAGAAGUAUUUUGCCAAUAUCCAUUCAUACACCUAGGCGAUUAGGGACAAAGUGGAUCAAAGUUCCUUGUUUAUGGAAAAAAGCGACGGCUAGGAUUGAACUCGGACCUAAGCCACUACCACGCCUGCAGAACUUCUAAUUGGGAAGAUCUAUAGAGCAUAGCGUUCUUUUUCAGGGAAGACUGCUUCAUACUAUUCACAGUUUUGCCAGGGCAGACUUUGGAGGAGAAUGUCGCUUAACCAGUGGAUGCAAGACAACGGAAAAUUCAGUAAGUGUUAUUUAGAAAGCUUUGCAGGCCAAAGUACAUGCCACGUGGAUGUAACCAACUACAGAAAAGCAUAUCCCUUACUCGACUAGUAAAUGAUUUGAUUUACUAUAUACACGAGCGCAUUCCAAAUUUUGACUUUUCUCCCCUCGCAAAAAAACUAUUUAUUAAAUUUAUACCAGUUAGUACAAGGGACCAUUAUAAGGCAGUAGAAAUAAACCUUUACAGCUUAAAGUCUUCGUAAAUAUUGAAAACUAUAGCCUGUUCCAGGCUUUCUGACCGAGUAGAGAGGGCGGGCGAAAAAUUGACGAGGAAAAAUAAAAACGAAGGCCUGAAUUCCACGCUCUACUAUCUGAACGCCUGGAACAGGCUAACUUAAAACAACAGUCAUUGUGGUUCUCACAGUUUUUCAGUCUUUCUGUGAUUGGUAAACUGGCACAUGGCGUCACAAAUUCGUCCUUUUUUUAUUGUCUUGCUUGCGCCAUCUUGACUUACGAGUUUGCACGAGAUUAAAAUUGUCAACUAACGGUUAAUUCAAGCGAAAAGUCCUCAACCCCCCAAAAAAUGUCUAAAAUAAACUCUUUAUACGUAUUAAUAACUUAAAAAAUAUCUUUAAAACAAGUUUAUAUGGAGGGAUAUAGUAAAACCGCGCGACUAAGAACAUGGCUAAAAUUUGCUAGUUAAUCUCUCUCUCUGUAUAUUUAGAACCUGUUUUGCCUAAAUUUGAAACAGGGUCUUGUUUUCUAAAAUCUAUGCAAGAAAUUAUGUAUGCCUGGGCAAAUAAGAUAAGUCAACAUUCAGAAUCCUCUCUGGAGACAUAAGUGCCUCAUCACAUGAGUUUAAAAAUGCUAAGAUUGCAAGGUACUUAUUGGACAAUUAAGUCGACUCUUAGAGCUGAGUGUAAUAGGAAAACGAAUUACAGUAAAUGAAUGUUAUUUCCGAAGUAGGACUUCAAAAUAGUUAUGAGGUCAAUGCUUUAGUUCUUCUUUUUAUGGUCAUUUUUGCUUAACUUCGAAUUUGAUUUGCAAAUUUUAUAUGAGGAGUAAGCUGAACCACUAAAUAAUCUUAUACUGUAUUUUUUCUUCAGAAAAUAAGAACCUGUUUAAGCACCUAAAUAGCCUAAACGUGUGUUAACUACCAUUUAUAAAGGACCAGCUGUUUAGGCGAACUUGGAAAAAUCCAGGUUCAUAGUCGUGGACUGGUUUUACUGUAUACAAUUAAUUAAGAACAAUUAAUUGUCAUAGUUGUAUGAAUUAUGUACCAAACUGUUUCCUAAUGAACUUCAAGAAAUGUCCCUUUUGGGCAAAUAAGCCAAAGCAGUACUAGUGUAUUUAAACACUGACACUUUUCAUAUCUAUUUCAUAUCUAUCUUACAGGCCUCGAUUUCCUCAGACUGGAUAGUGUGGGAGACCGAAAUAUCAGCCCAAGCAAAAAUAGAAUUUACUUUAACACCAAAGUUGUCAAUAAAACUUCCUACAGCACCUCGAUGGAUUGGUAGACUGAUGAAAACGUCCCUAUUCAGUCCACUUAAAAAAUUUUUCAAUAAAGGUACUUAUAGAAUAAAAAGAAAACUUCAUGUUUGAUCAUAGGUUUACGUAAGUUUCCUUGCAAACUGAAGCAAAAUUAUGAUCGUAAUUAAUAGAUAAUUUUGUUGCAAGUGACAAACAUUUCGGUUUCUUUAUUUUUUUUUUUCUGCAGUGGGAAAAAUUGGGAAAUACGUUGAGUUUUCAUUAUCAAUUUACGUCAGUGCACCACUUCAAGCGAGUGUCUCAUUGAGUUACCCAUCAAACUCCUGCCCAGGCUCCAACCCAGCAGAGCUAGCAGGUUCUUAUGGAGUGGCUGGCGUGAAUGUUGGAACGACCAUCGUUCUUGUGGGAAAGGAUUUCGAUCUUCCGUUUAGCUUGGGAUAUUCCAAGAUGGAACCACUCAGGUAACUCUUUAAUAAACAAAACACGUUCUUUAAAAAUUAGCCAAAAAACAGCAAUGGAGCUCAAUGAAUUUAGUUUUCUACGAAAAGAACAGACAUGCUGCAGGGGCACGCGACUACAAAUUUAUGUCUGUGAAAUAACUGUUCUUAGGGACAAAUAAUUCUUUGAAAAACGAUUAUUGUUAAAAUGAGGUCUCCUAAAAUUUUGGCAAAGAGAUAAAACGUCCCCCAGAGAAGUACAGCUACUGCACGACCGUACUCAUCAGAGUAGCUAACAGUUUCGGAUUAGACGAAAAAAGUCUGGUAAAACUCUCGAGAGGACCAAAGUUCCCCUCGGAAUUCCGAAAGUUAUAUAGUUUUUUUAGGACAGCCCUAAAUUAACCAAAUUAAACUGGCUUCUAAAGCAUAAACUGUGAAAAACAUUUAAGACACUUCGGAAGUAUUUGGAAAUAUUUGGUCUUUGAGUGCCCCCUCAGGCCACUUAAGACAUGACUAUCUAAUUAAAUAUGCAUAUUUUGAUAAAAUGCGAUUAAAAAGGUUCUGAAAAAUUCACAGUUGUUUGUGUGUAUGCGUUAUAGACGAAUCGGUAAAUAAAGGGAAAAGGGUCACGUAACUUAUUAAUUAGUUAAAUAGCUAAUAGGAUAAAUAACAUUUCCAAUAAUACGAGGCAGAUUUACGAUUUAAACUGUUUAUUUGACAUUUCGGUAGUGAAAAUUCCUAAGAUUAAGUUUUGCAACCCUUCCCUGUUUAGGAAAACGUGUUUUGUGACGUCAUUGACGAAGCAAUGCCACGUAUUAUUUGAAAGCACGUUUCACGUGUUUUUUGUUUUUGUUUUAUUUUUUCGUUGAGCCACAUUCAGUAUCACUGGUGGAAGCAAACCGUUCUAAAUAGCAUUUAGCAAAAUAUGCAUAUUUAAUUAGGUAGUCAUGCCUUAAGUGGCCUGAGCCUGAAACAAGUUCCCAAAUAAUAAUAAUGUAUAUGUAUAAUGAGGCAUUUGGUACAUAUUUGAAUAAAGGAAUACAAAGCCAUCAGUUCUCCUUUGGUUCUGAUUUGUUAUCAUCGUUUUUACCCUUUCAGCUUGUGUAUCUGUCCAGUUCCUCGAAAUAAGGUAAGACCGACAAAACUUAGGUGUCCUAGCACCAAGGAAUUUUUUCUUGGCCAAGAAUCACUUGGUGUAUAUAUCUGCUUCUUACCAUCUUCUGAUGCCAUAAUUUUUUGUUAUGAAGUCGAUUCAAAUCAAGGUGAAAUAAUGCAACUGCCUUAAACAAGUCAAAUGGCACAUCUAGUUGUUAUAUCUUUUGAAUACUUUUGCCAACGAUAGUUCUGCACAGGAACCACAGAACGACCAACUGAAAAACCAAGUAAGAAACCAGUCAUUGAUGACAACAAAAACCCUGAACGACCCACUCAUGGAAACCAAGGAACUGGACAUGGAGGAAGCCAUGGUGGCAUGAAGUGAGUUUUCAACCGUUCUCCAACCUUCGAAUUUUUAUAACCUUAAAAUAUGUAAUUUCUCAAAAGAUACUUCAUAUAUUUUUCUUUUUUUUUCAGCUCUGUUAAAAUACCGUCACCACCCUGUGGCAAAGAACCUUGUUGUGCCGGAAAUCGAAAAGGACCUGGUUGCUCACAACCAGAUCUUUGGCCAUUUCGAGGUAGGACUUUGACAAUCACGUUGUAAUAUGUGAAAAUAAAUUUAAGAAAAACGAUCCAGCUCCAAAAUUUAUUUUGAUUUGACUAGUAACAACGACGUAUAGUAUCUGUAUAUACAGCGUCUUUAAAGUUUUGCCUGUUACCCGAGAUAAACACCUUGCAUGUAUUUACUUUAAUUUGCAGUUUUUAUUUUAACUUGUAGUCUUUCAUUUCUCAAGAUUCCUUUUGUUAUUGCGUUAUUGUGAACUGUUAAAAAUUCUUUUAUUUUUCCAUUUAUAGUUUACAAAAAGAGCAAUUUAAAGAAAUAUUUUUUGGGACCAAAAAAUAUGUCAUUUUUUUUCCUAACCAAGUCUUUAGGUGCCGAAUUUUUAGGAAGUUGUAAAAGGAUCAAUUCCUUUUUUUCAUUUGCCUGUUUGCUUAUUUUUUGUUCCCGACUCAAGAGACCCCAGCAGGCUGCAAAAAAUGACUGUCUUACAUUAGUGUUUACGGAUAUCAAUAAACUAUUGAAAAAUGUAUAUAUCAAACACGAGCAAAACGUUUAUCGCAUAUUGAGCACCAAGAAGAAGUGUGAAAAUAAGAUGCGUAACGGAGUAUUUAUGAUAGACAUAUAGCCGUUUGGCAUUGCUAUGAAGCACUAGCUGUUGUGUUUGAUAUAUAACGUUUUUUUCUAGGGAUUGAUAAUAAAAACGCCUCAGAGAAAUUGAUUUGGAAGGAAUAUAAAGGAUGCAACGAGCAAGAAUGUUUGGUCAGAUUAAUGAUCCAAACACAUAGUGUAGUUACAUAACUCGCUUUUUUUUGGCUUGUAAAUUGUUCAUCGUUUACACGAAUGAUUUACUCUACAGGUGCUACAUGUUCAGGUAACGGAAUUGCCCAAAGUACCUCUGGUUGUGGGGCUGCAUGUCGAUGUCUGGGGGGCUGGAGAGGACCAUUGUGUGAUAGGACCACAGCUGGAGGAAGAGGAGAUCCGCAUUUGGAAACUUUAGAUGGUGUGUGUAUGAGGACAACCUUGUGUAAAGCGGGAAUUGAGCAACGCUUUAGUGCCUUUUUUAAAAAAUUAUUUUUUAAACAACGAAAUUAGGGCGUUCACUUUAAAAAACACACUUAGCUAAAAACAGUUUCAGCUUCUAGUUAGCUACAAAUAAGCUUUCGAUAGAAGAAACUUUUAAAAUUCGCAAUACUUUCACUUUAUUGUGCACGGACUAUGACAGAUUGUGCAUGACAUUCUUAAUACAAGGUCAAACAUGUGGCGAGAAUAGACAAUAACUUUGUUGGGUGCUAUCGAAGUUAACUGUUUACCCCGUAUGUGGUUUCGAUGGUACCGUUUCGUAAGGACAAAAACGUGCAGAAAACACUAGAAUUUUUGCGAAGUUUUCUAUGCAUUUUAGUGAGGAAAAACAUUACUAUGAAGGGUACCUUAAAACGGAUAAACUAAGCCUCAGGUAGCGACAUGUAGAAAAAAUCGAGUGCUUGAAAUAUCUCAGUUAUGUUACCGUUUUUUUUUUGGGUCUUCAGGAGUUGAAUACGACUUCUUUGGCAUUGGCGAGUUCUGGGGUUGCAAAAGUAGAAAGAACGACUUUGGCCUUCAGUUUCGCUUUUUCUAUUAUGAAAGAGCCUCACUGAUAGGAGGAUUAGCAAUGAAGGCUGGACAAAGCAUUGUAACAGUUAUGACAACCAAGACCCAGUAUCCUGAGGAUUCCCCCAAUGUUCGGUAGGUCAUCUCGCCCCAUGUAAGGGCCGGAAUCCAAGACAGUCUUGGAUUCUGGAUACCACGUCGCCGACUCCGGAUUCCAGGUACUAGAUUCCAGCCUUUAUCAGCGGAACUUGGAUUCUGGAUUCCAGUCGCUAGUGAGAUUCCGGAUCCUUUUAGCUGUAUUCCGGAUUCCAAAGCCCAGGAUUCCGGAUUCAACAAGCAACAAUUUCUCGGAUUGCGGAAUCCGGAUUCCCCCAAUGUUCCAUAGGUUUUCGCUACACAGGUCAAUCAACAUGGACAACAGUAGUAUAGUAGGGAGCGAAUUCACCUUUUUUAUGAAGAAAUCUCAUCAAUUUGCGCAGGAAUACAUUAAAGCCGAUGACGUCACAACCGUUACCACAGGAAUUUAAUUCGGUGGAAUCCCAUUGAGAUAAACAUGUGCUAUUUUAAGGCGGUUUAACUCGUUGGACAUGUGUCGAAAUUAUUUAUAGGGCGAUGAAUGUCUUGCUUUUUUUAUUGGUUUAUUUUAUUGUACUUGCAGUCUUUUACCUCUCCUUCAGAUGGACGACGGGAUCCCGUUAGUUUUCCUGAUUAAUUUUAUAGCGAAAAAGUUCACACGGGAAAUUUCGGAAAAAAACACUUUCAAACUCACAAAUUAGUUUUUUGGUUAGACACAGCGCUAGCUUCCUCUUUAGGAAAUGUACUGUCCUUUCUUGGGUGUAAUAAGAUUGCCAUAAAAACCUUCCCGUGGUUAUGCAUUUUUUUUUUAGCAAUCCAGGAAAAAAAAACAUUAGAGAGGAGAGUAUUUCUUUUUAACUUACAUUUUUACUUUUAACAGGAUCGAUGGCCUCUUACUCAAUGUUACUGCCAAUGCUUCUGCUAUCCAAAUUAACAAUGGAACGGUUUUGCUAGAUAUUCAAGUACGUUUCAGCUCAGAAGUUCAAGAAAGCAGUGUACUCCUUAUGUCGCUUCAAUAUAAAUCAGGUAUUUAAAUUGGGCCAAUAUAAGCCCUAGUAUUCUAUUCUUGGUUUUCACAUGACGUCACAAAAAUUCAAACUAAGAAACUAUCGCUUCUGCUGAGUUUCUACUUUCAUGUGAUAUU